GAAUGUUUAGCUUUGAUAAUCGAGUCUACAUUGAGCGUCGCUCUUCGAGUAAAUACUAUCAACAUAGCUUUGUGUUAGAUUCAAGGAAGGCAUCGUUACUAGCGUGCAUCUUUAUUGUGUUGUUUUAAUUCGUAAGGAAAUAUGGAACCCGUUGAACAAAGGGAGAUAUCGGCGCCACGUGUGGGACGAUUCAAGGUUUACAUACAGGGAGAUCUGAAACACAGAAAUUUUGUUAUUUUGACAGUACACGAUUUAGGAUGCAAUCAUUCAAUGUGGAUCAACUUUUUACAGAAUCCAUGUAUGGAAGCCAUUACACAAAGGGCAGCCUUUAUACAUGUAGAUAUCCCUGGUCAAGAGGACGAGGCAGCUGAUUUACCGGCCGAAUGGCCACCAAGAAAAGGCUCAGGAAUAAGCGUUUGUUAUACAUUCCCCAGUAUGCAGAGUUUGGGAGAAGAUUUAGUGUGUAUAUUAGAUCAGUUAGAUGUAAAGGAAGUUAUUGGAUUAGGUGAAGGAGCAGGAGCAAAUGUUAUCACAAGAUUUGCUAUGGCUCAACCUGAAAGAGUUAGCGGACUAUGUAUUAUACAUUGUACAGGUUCUACAGCUACUGUCAUGGAGAGUCUUAAAGAUCAGGUUAUAAACUGGAAACUUGAGCAGAUUGGAAUGAAUCCAACAGCUGAAGCAUAUCUUGUAUUGCAUAGAUUUGGAGCUAUUGAUAAAGCUGAAAAUAAAGAGCAGCUAGCGAAGGUUAUUGAAGCUUUUCAAGACUCUCUUCGAUCUAAAAUUAAUCCUCGGAACUUAAAGAGAUUUGUACAGUCGUUUAUGAAGAGAACUAACAUUGCUGAAUCAGUUGGAAAAAUAAGAUGUCCUGUAUUGAUGAUAACUGGAACUCUGGCAUAUCUUUAUAAACCAUUCAUGUCAUUACAUAAAAAGAUGCAGGCAACCCUACCUAAAAAGAAUGUGGAAAUUCUUGAAGUGUUGGAUGUGGCGAAUGUUUUGGAGGAAAAGCCAGAAAAGUUUGCUGAAAGUUUCUUAUACUUUUUACAAGGACAGGGUUUUGGAUGUGGUGUACCUAUGCCAAGAGUUCAGAGGUCAGCAUCUAUUGAAGGAGGUGUCCUACCAGUUGGCCGAAUGAGAAGUCAAUCCAUGGAAGAAGCAGAUCAACCUCGUGGUAUUUACUCAAUGAGUCCACCAAAAUAUGGCGGAUCCUCUCCACCCAAAAUGGAAACCAUGCCACCAAUUAGCAGCAGCCCACCUAAAAGUUAAGAAGCUUUUUGCGACGACCAAUGACAUUGUUUGGUAGUAAAUGAAUUACGGAUAUCAAAACCUGCGCGAUAAUACUUGUAUGUACAGGGUUUAAAUAAUAUGUUUUAGCGACAGACGGAUGGUCAGACGGCAACUAUAGAUAGCAUUUUAUUCAUAAAACUUCACUAUGAAUACUCUGUAUAGGCAAUCACUUUUUAGAAGAAAAAAAUUUGAUAUUUAUUGAUUCAGUAUAUCUCUAUAUAGAAGUAAGAAUACUUUAUGAUAAUUUGCUCAGUUUUCAGUAUUAAGAUAUGUCACAUAUAUAUUUCAAUACAGUUUCUACUUAUUUGCCAUGAAUAAUUCAAUAAAUAAUUCAAUGAAAUUAGGAGACAGUCGCAAAAUUACAACACUUGUAUCCAAACAAAUCAACUAUGGAUGGAUCUUGAGCCACCUGCCCAUCUGUGCGGAUGAGUAACUGACAUUAAACUUAUCAUUUUCUAUCUGCGAUGUCGUCCAACCAUCUCACGCAAUUCCGCAAGUUAUUUGGUUGAUGCCAGUGUUGAAACUUUGCUACGGUUCCUAGAUAUGUUGAAAUGAAUUAAUAAAACUUAAUAUACAGCAAUACAGAGACAUAUAUAUUUUCAUAGACUGUUCACUAAAAGCUUACUUUCAUUUUCAGUUGUUUUGUGUUGGCAGCCAUCAACACAAGACUGAUUUAUUCGUCCUGACAAACAUGUUGUUGAUUUUCUUAAUCUGAUGUUGUAAUUACUGAAAAUAAAGAAAUAAUAUUACUUUUUGUCCAGUUUAAAUUCUGAUUUGCCCCAAUAUCAAAUGCUGCUAACAAUUAUAGAUUACAUAUUUUUUAAUGUAAGUGUGUUUUUUAUUAUACAAACACUAUUAUCUGUUCUGUAUAAUGCUAUUUUCUAAUAAUUGUGACUUAAUUUUUUUGUUUAUGUUUUGUUGUCAAUACUUAGCUUAUAGAUAUUUUUUUAGACAACUUUUAAGUUGAUUCUGCUUUGAAUUUUUAUCUUUUUUUUCAUACAAGAUGUUUUUAAAUAUAAUAUGAUAUAUUUUAAAGUUAAAGAGUCUAGAGAGAAAAAUUGUUACAGAAAAUUAACAAAAAAAAAUUGUAAUGAUAUUCUAAUCACCAUCUACACAAUCAUAUUUGAUGCAUUUCUUGAUGGUAAAAUUCUCAUUAAAUUUGCUAGAAUGUAGCCAUGUUUCAGACUAUUUGAAUUUGUCGUACUGUUUCAAAAACUAUUUGAAAUUAUCAGACUGUUUCUGAGACAGUGUGAAAUUAUCAGACUGUUUCUGAGAGUCUAUGUGAAAUUGUCAGACUGUUUCUGAGACUAUUUGAAUUUGUCAGACUGUUUCCAGCUAUUUGAAAUAAAUCAAUCAUAUUCAGUUGGCACCUAUUGUAAUAGUUCAAUCACCACCUACACAAUUAUAUUUUACGCAUUUAUGGAUAUAUUAUGGUGAGCGAAAAAAAAUUCUUAUUAAAUUUGCUAGAAUAUAGUACUGUUAGAAAUCAGUCCAUUAUCUUUAAUCUGAACCAAUUUUCUACCAUGGUCUGACCAGCUGUCAAAUACUUGGCAGGUCUAAAUGGAUAAGGUCUAGAAAAUAGAAAUGUUAAGAUCAUCCAAUUUAAGCUCCACCCUUCGAUCUGGUUGAUAACUGGGGAGAACAUGUAGCCACUGGGGUAUAUGAAUUAUAGUUAUUUUCUUUUUAAAAGAGUGACUAAAAUUGACAUCAUUGUAUAUUUUAAAACUGGUGAAAUUAUCUAGUCUAUCCCAUAUAUAAAAUACAUCAUUAUAUAAGAGCUACAAUCUUGAUCUGUAAUAAUAAUAAUAUAUUUAGUUGAGAGGUAUUGAUGUUAAAAAGUAGUAAGAUUUGCAAAUCAUUGUUCCAUCAUAUCCAGUACAAAAACAAAUCCACUCAACCUUGAGUCAAUAAUGACUGUCCUAGAAGCUUAUAUUCAUCUAUAUGCGAAUCUAACAUCCCAUACUUGAUAGUACUAAUAUUAUAUGAGAGUGUUUGCACACAUGCUAUUUAUGAUAUUGCUCAUAUUCUAUGAUAUCAAGGGUCACCAUCAUUCUGCACAGAGAGAUCCACCUACUUCAUACUUUGAGAAUAGAUCUCUGUCCUGAAUGGUCGCCAUAUUCAAAAAUUAGUAUACUGUUUUGUAAUGCGGUUCUACUAGUUGCACAUCUGUCAUAUACAAAAUGACUAAAUACACUUUUUCAACUUUAUUAAAUGGAAGUAGAAUAAAUACUUAACAAAAUUCUGGAAGUAUACUUAGUGUUUUCGACUAAAAUCGUCGAUUUAGGACUUAAAAUGUCGGUCAACUAGCUUAGUGUCUGUUCUCAAGUGGAGCUAAUUCUAAUUUAGUAUGGGUUCGGUAUGUGUGAUAACAUGGUCGAGUAAAUACAUUAAUACUUUUAUUACGCUUUUCAAUUUAUCUCUAUAGAACUAUGGAAACACCUCAAACAGGAAAGUCUUUAGUUGAAAUUUAAACGCAAUGGUGAUGGAUUAAUUGUCUGUUGGAUUAUUACAGUUCUGAGUAUUUAGAUAUUAUUUGUAUGUCUAGCGUAUAAAUGUUUCCCCAAACAUAAAACAAAUUCCCAUUUCAGGAGAUUUGCAUACAUCAGGAUUCAGAAAAUUAAUCAUUCAAAUCCUGGAGUGCUUUCUGUUCCCUGGAUAGAGAUUCUUUGCAGCUCUUGAAUGCCAGAUAGUUAAACUUUUCCUGGCUCAAAUAUUUUUCUGAAUUCUUCAAAUUGUAAUAGUUUAUUAGUAUUUUUAGAGUAUUGUCAUGAUAAUAAUUUGAGUUUUUAUUUUCACUUAUUUGAAAAUGAUUUUAUAAUACAAGUAAAGCUAUUAUUAAGAUCCAAGGAGUAUUGCACCUAUGAUUCCUACCCAAUAAGAUUUUGGAAGUUUUUUUUUUUUUGUAAUUGUACAGAAGAUAUAAUGUAGUGUUAUAUUUAUUAUAAUGUACUCCAUACAAGUACAACUACAGGUGUACACAUUUUGAAAAUAAAUAAUAGUGUAAGCAA